AUGUCUAUAUAUAAUUUUAUUCCAUUCGAUUUUAUUGAAGAAGCAUCUGCUGAUCAUCAUCUUAAUACUACAAUGAAUCAAUCUUCUUCUUCUCAAGCAAUAGUAUCAAAUGAUUCUUCAAAACAUCUAACAAAUAAUCAUAAAGAAAAUGUUGAAUUAAUUCAUACAAAGAAAUCCAAUGAAAUUAAUUGGAGAUCAUAUAUUCCAAUAACACUUGACAAAAUUCGUUCAAUAACUAUGUUAAAAAAUUUAAUAUGUGAACGUAUUAAUAGAGAAUUAAGUCAUAUAUUAAAUCGUUUACUUCGAAUCGAAAAUUCUGAUGAACAUGAAGAUUUUCUUAAUUGGUUUUUUAAUGAACUAGAAUAUUGUAUGCAUUCAACUGAUAAUAAUAGUAUAUAUUGUCAUAAAUCAUUAUUAUUACGUUCAAUAGAACAAGAUCGUUUUGAUUGUACAAAAUAUCUUCUUGAACGGAAUUUAUUAUCAAGUAAACUUGAUAUAAACACUGAAAAUGAUCAAGGUCGUCAUUGUCUCUUAAUGCUUACACAUAAAAAUGGUCCCAUUGAUUUGAUAAAAUAUCUUUUAACACAUCACAUAUCAUGUUUAGAAACAAAUAAAAUAGAUUUAAAUAAAUAUAGUCCAUUCCAUCAUGCAUGUCGUCAUUUUAAUUUAUCAUUAUGUGAAAUUCUUCUUCCUUAUACAACGAAACAAAUCUUACAAAUUGAAAAUUCUGAAUUACAUACACCACUUGAUUAUUGGCUUGAAUGUUUAUAUUCAUUAAAAAAAUUAAAACCAAUACAUUUACAACAUGAUAUUGAUACAUUACGUCUUGAUUAUUUAUUACAUAAUAAAGAUUUUCAAGCAAAUAUUAUUUUUCUCCAAACAAUUAUCAAUCGUGGUGGACAAUUAACAAAAUUACCAUUACGUUAUAUACGUUCAAUAUUACCACAAUUAACAUUUGAUCAUAAAUUAUUAUAUGUUGAUCAUCAUGUUAAUCUUUGUUGUAUUUUAUAUAAAAAUCGUUUAUCAAC